AUGACGGUAAACACCGAGCUUGGCUUCAACCCCACUUUAUUGGUAUCAAUGAUCGAGAUCUCUGGUGAAUUCCGAGUUCGUUGCUCAAUCGGCGAUUGUCCCGGACUGGAGGACAUCAAUAAGGACCGUGAAACAAAAGCCAAGAGAUAUCUCCAAGAUUGUAAAGCGGUCAUAGUCGUUGAGGAAAUUACUCGGGCUGGUGACAGUAAGUUCCUGAAAAGGUUUCUCAAAGAUUGCCGUGAGGAUAGGCCUGAUCAACGUAUCAUCGUUGUCCUGAGCAAAGGAGACACCGGUCUCGAUCGUGUGGAUCUUAUGAACACAUCUUUCAAUGAACACGAGACAGCAAAUCUUAACUGGCUCGGCAAAGGCAGGGAAGACGUUGAGAGGGAGUAUGAUAACUAUAGACCGAUGCAAUUCAAGGAGAGAGUACGCUGUGCUUGCGAGAUCGCGUAUAUCGAUCUUGAAGAGAGAGAGAUUCGGGCUGGAGAGCGCAGCCGACGCAUCGAAGAUCUGCUGAAAUCCCGAUACGCAGGAAUGUUCGACAACCUCAUCGUCAGAACGACUUGCGAACACGACUAUAUGAGGCAUUUCCAAGGUUACUGCCGAUUCACAAUCCAUGAUCUUCCACUAUCUGUCGAGCCGACACAAAUUCCAAAUCUAGUCGAAGACCUCGCUGAUAUAGCAAACGAACGGGUUAAGGACGAUCUCAUACGCCUUCAUAAAGAAACGCUGCCCGAGCUAUUCGCCUCUAUCAAACUCCUUGGUAUCACCACAUCUAUUGUGGCGCGAGCAAGACCCAGAUUCGACUUUCACAAAUACGAAGAGGUGUUCAUGGCGCUACUCCAGGCUAUGUUUGACACAAUCGAGGAAAAGGAGAUACGUCCGAUUGAGGCUGCAAUACAAGGCGCGAUCCCAUCCUGGAGAAGGGAAGCUCGCGGUUGCUUCUAUGAAUGGCAAAAUCUGCGUUACCAAUCUGUACGAUGCUUCCUGAACAAGCAGGGCAACCACCACGUCAAGGAAAAGCUAAAAUCUCGCCGGAGCACGGAUCCAAAGCCUAGCUGGAACAAGGAACUCUUGUGUCCCAUACGGAAGACGAUGAACCCAUUAUUCGAAGAGCUAUGGAAAAGCGUCACAACUGCCAUGAACAUUCUAGCUUCCAACUUGGCAGAAAACGUGGACGAUUUUUUGAGAGAGCUGGAUGAAGCGACAAAAUAUCUUGGCAACGAGAUUUUCACUGCCAACCUCCAGCACAGGAGACCUCAGCUCAACAACAUGUUCAAGAAGCAAUUAUAUCUCAUAGCAACGAUCAGGUCAUUUAGAGGGCGCUUCACCGGAGACUUGAACGACUACUACUUCCCUGAUGCCAUGGGGGAGCAUUACAUGGCUGCCCUUCAAGCAGAGGCGGAAUCGGGAACGAGGCCCGGGAGUCUGUGGCAUCGCGGCUGCGAACAUUGGAAAACCGAGUGUGCGGCACCGAUAGUCCUUAUAAGUGUCUUCUAA